AUGACUCAAGCUAAAGAUUUAAGUCACUUAUUAUCAGUAGAAGCCAACAGUAGAAAAGCCUCACCAUUGAAGAGUGCUUUUGUCUAUUAUGGAAAACCAGGUAUGACUUUCUUAGGUGGAGGUUUACCAUUGGCAGAUUACUUCCCAAUUGAAAAAAUUCAAGCUACUAUUCCUAAAGCUCCAUUCGAAGAAGGAAUUGGCGGUAACAUUAGUGAAAAAGGAUUUACUGAUAUUGAAGUUUUGAAAAGAAAACAAGAAGGUGAUGACUCACAUAUUGAAUUAGCCAGAUCCUUACAAUAUGGUUAUACUGAAGGUCAUACUGAAAUAAUGGAUUUUGUUAAAGAACAUACAAAAAUUGUUCAUAAAGUUCCAUAUGAAGAUUGGGAUGUCAUUGCUACUGCUGGUAAUACUGAAGCUUGGGAUUCUAUCUUAAGAACUUUCACCACUAGAGGUGAAACCAUUUUAGUUGAAGAUCAUUCUUUCAGUUCAGCUUUAGAAACUGUUAAUGCUUUAGGUGUUAACACUUUCCCAAUCCCAAUGGAUGCUGAAGGUAUUUUACCAGAUAAAUUGAGUGAUUUAUUAGACAAUUGGGUUGGUCCAAAACCAAAACUUUUGUAUACUAUUCCAACUGGUCAAAACCCUACUGGUUCUUCAUUGAGUACUGAAAGAAGAAAGAAAGUUUAUGAAUUAGCUUGUAAACAUGAUUUCAUCAUCAUUGAAGAUGAACCUUACUAUUUCUUACAAAUGGAAACUUAUACCACUGAUAAAGAAGCUAGAAAAGGUAAGGCUGUCCACAACCACGAAGAAUUCUUAAAAGCUAUGAUUCCUUCAUUCAUUUCAAUGGAUGUUGAAGGUAGAGUCAUUAGAUUAGAUUCAUUUUCCAAAGUUUUAGCUCCAGGUCUUAGAUUUGGUUGGUUCGUUGGACAAAAGAAUUUAUUAGAAAGAUUAGUUAGAUUACACGAAGUCUCCAUUCAAAAUCCAUCAGGUUUAACUCAAUCCAUUACCAACGCUUUAUUAAGCAGUUGGAAACAAGAAGGUUAUUUAGAAUGGUUAAUUAAAAUCAGAGAAGAAUAUACUCAUAAGAGAGAUGUUGCCAUUGAUGCUAUCAAUGAAUUCUGUCCUAAAGAUAUUGUUUCAUGUUUACCACCAGUUGCUGGUAUGUUCUUUACUGUUCAUUUUGAUGCUUCAAAACAUCCAAAAUUUAAGGAAUUAAACGAAGAACCUUUAAAUAUUGAAAAAUCUAUCUAUGAACAAUCUUUAAAACAAGGAUGUCUUAUGAUUCCUGGUUCUUGGUUCAAAGCUGAAGGUAAUUCGGUUCCUCCUCAAACUGGUAUAUUAGAAAAUCCUGAAACCAAAAAUAUGAUCUUCUUCAGAGGUACUUAUGCCGCUGUUCCUUUAGAAGAAUUAGCUAAAGGUUUAGAAAAAUUCGGUAAAGCCGUUAAAAUUGAAUUUGGUGUAUAG